AUGAUACCCGCAGUUGAUUCGCUGCUUAAAUAUGAGAACCCAGUCCUUGUCAGCCAAAAGUCACUCCAGGAUCUGCCCGUAAAAGUGUCCCCCCAGCACCCGACAGGGAGCUCCCCAGUGCCCCCUCCUCCCAAACCAAAGUGUCCUAUAGCAGAUGCAAACAGGGAGAAAACAGAGGAGAUCCUCCAUGCCAUCCUGCCACCAAGGGAGUGGACAGAGGGCAACAAGCUAUGGGUGCAACGGGUGUCAAGCUCUCCCGGCACACGCAUGGAUGUGAUUAAACUGCAGGAGCAGCUGGACUUGAAGCUGCAACAGAGGCAGGCCCGCGAAACUGGCAUCUGCCCAGUCCGGAGAGAGCUGUACUCACAGUGCUUUGACGAGCUGAUUAGACAAGAAACCAUCAGCUGUGCAGAAAGGGGUCUGCUGCUGCUCCGGGUUCGAGACGAGAUCCGCAUGUGCAUGGCAGCCUAUCAGACUCUGUACGAGAGCAGUGUGGCCUUUGGUAUCAGGAAGGUUCUGCAGUCCGAGGAAGGCAAGAACAACAUGGAGAAACAGAUACAGCACCUGGAGAAUGAGAAGAGGGUCCUGCAGCUGCAGGUGAAGGAGCUGCAGGCUGAGUGUGAGGCCAUUCAGCUGAGAGAGAGAGAGCGGCGGGACGUGGAGGAGAAGAAGCACAUGGAGGAAAUUGAGUUUCUGAAGCGCACAAACCAGCAGCUUAAGUACCAGUUGGCGGGCAUCACCCAGAAGAAGUGA